UUUCUCUCUCUCUCUCUCUCUCUCUCUCUCUCUCUCUCUCUAAUGAUCAAUGGAACAAGAUCAUCAAGAAAUGCAGCUACUCUCCUACUCCAGCACCCCACAAUAUCCUCUUCCAUGGCCGAGCCAAAGCCCCUCAGUGGACCUCCAGCUGUCGAUAAGCGUGGGGGGGCCCUCGGUGGAGGCACUGAAGAGGGAGGCAGCGGAGCAGAUUAGGCUGGCGGGCAUGGAGAAGGCGUACGCGGAGCACGUGAUGGAGAUGAGUCGGAGGGAGAUGGAGGUGGCGCAGACGGAGUUUAUGAGGGCGCGGAGUCUGUGGGAGAGGGCGAGGGAGGAGGUCCAGAGGGCCCACAAGUUGAGAGAGAGAGCAGCAGCCAUGGAGAUCACAUGUCUCUCCUGCAGGCACAAGUUUAGGCCUAAUUGAUCUCUCUCUUCAUUUUCAUACUACUACUAAUAAAUAACAAUAUAUUUCCUCUUUUAUUUACCAAAAUAUGUAUAUAUCGGGUUUUUAUCCAUGCAAAACUAGAUCUAAAUAGAAAAACGCAGAACAAAAUAAUAUAGAGGGUAUUUUAGGUCAUUUUAAUAAAGAAUGACUUAAAAUGAUCCAACAAUGACAUCAAACACAGAUUUUAUAAAAUGAUUUAAAAAUGAAUAGUAAUGACAUUCUGUGUUUUUGGAUAGUUAUUGACCAUCAGAUCGCCUAAUCUUAAGGCCACGAUUUGGGCUCAUUUCUGGAUUUAGAUGUAUUCUUGUUUGGAUCAAAAUCCUAUAUAUAUCUAUCUAUCUUGUAGUGUCAAAUAUUGGGAUUGGGAGGGUUCAUGAUGAAUUCAAAUGAUUAAGAUA